AUUAAUUGAAAUGCCUGCAGGCGAAGAGGAGGACGGCUCGUUUCCCAGCUGCUCAUCACUGCCUGUACUUCACCUCUGGACUCUUUAACUGGAUCAGUGAGGGUUUGUCUGUGGUGUGAGGAAUCACUGCGCCAUCAUGAAUCCGCCCUGUGGAAGAUGCAAUAAACCAGUUUAUCCCACAGAAAAAAUUAAUUGCCUUGAUAAGUAUUGGCACAAAGGCUGUUUCAGCUGCGAGGUAUGUAAGAUGGCCCUGAGCAUGACGACCUACAAAGGCUUUGAGAAGAAACCUUACUGCAGUAUGCAUUACCCCAAAACCUCCUUCACCAUAGUGACCGACACCCCCGAGAAUCUGCGUCUCAAACAACAGAGCAUGCUCAACAGUCAGGCGCUCUAUAAGGAGGACUUUGAAAAGAACAAGGGGAAAGGUUUCAGCGUGGUGGCCGACACUCCCGAGAUGCAGAGAGUGAAGAAGACACAAGACCAGAUCAGUCACGCUCUUUACAAGGAGGACUUUGAAAAGAACAAGGGGAAAGGUUUCAGCGUGGUGGUCGACACUCCAGAGAUGCAGAGAGUGAAGAAGACACAAGACCAGAUCAGUAAUAUAAAGUACCAUGAAGAAUUUGAGAAGAGCAGGAUUCGAAGUGAUGCACCUCCUCCUGAAAAUAGACAAGAAGAUGAAAUGCAACCACCCAACCCUCCGAGAUUCAGUCAGCCUGUUGGACAAAUGCGUCCUGCUGCUGUAGCACCAUCUGGUGGAGGGAAACGUUACCAGGCCAUGUACAGCUACGCGGCAGCAGAAGCAGAUGAAGUUUCUCUCCAGGAGGGCGAUCUGAUCUUAGACGUGGAGCAGAUAGACGACGGAUGGGUGUUUGGAUGCAACCAGCGCACUGGGCAGCGGGGUUUGCUGCCGGCUAACUACGUCCGACCCGUGUGAAACACACACGCCUGUCCGACACACACCAACAACCAUCAGGCUUAUUUUCAUGCAAAUGAAAAAAUUGCUAUUUAAACAAAAAAAAAAAAAAAAAAAAACUGACUGGUUUUGCAUUGCCUUUAUUGUCAGAAAUAUGAUUUUAAAAUAUGAGUAAAGGAGAGAUACUGGUGAUGGGUUCUUGAAGAUUUGUGAGCCUUUGUGUCGUCAAAAUGAUGCUAAAGGUUAAAGUGAAAUUAUAUUUUGUCUGUAACAGAAGCCAACGAAAGAGGAAGUAAGAGAGGAAAGCAGAGGGAAUAAUAUUAAAUAAACGUUACUACUACUACAGUUUACUACAAUACUUCAUACGUGUAAUUUCUAAUCUCUCUCGGGUAACAUUUACCUUUUUAUGUACAUGCAAUUAAGUGUAGCCCUGACAGAAACAGAUGCAUUCAAAAACUGAAAUGUUCUGCAGUUGAACUAAUGACUUAAUGAGUUAACAUGUCAUAAAACCCAUUCAACGCUUGUUUGAUAUUAUAUCAGGAAAGAGAAAAGCAUAAAAUGUAUUUAGUCAUGUAAGCUGAUUUGAUUAAAAAAAGUGGAAUAUUUAA